AUGUUCUGUGAAAUGAAGAGUAGCUACAGUUAUAAUGGAAGGUAUUUCGAUGACAUUGAUGAUGAGAUGGAUCCAGAAAUUGAAGAAGCAUAUGAAAAAUUCUGCCUAGAAUCAGAACAUAAGAGAAAACAUCUUUCCAAUCAGGAACAACUUCUGCAAGCUCUAGAUUUCCGGAACAAGUUUUCUGCUCGCCCCUACUUACCUUCGCCUAUUAUACCCCCGGAAAGAAAACAAAUCCUCCUCAGUGAUAUUGUAGAUGUUCGAUGGCCUGACCCUGCUAUGGCUGAGGUGGCAACGUGUGUGAAAAAUGGCAGUGUGAAGGUCUCCUCCCUCGAUGGGUAUGCUCACCUUUACCUGUCGGAAUUGCAGCAGGACUUUACAGUGGAAUUCUUAUGCAAAGUUAGUCAGCCUGCAUCCUUGCGUUCCUCUCAGAGGAACAGGAAUUAUGAAACCAAAAAUGAAUGUGAGCAAUCAAGGCAAAAUGCUGUUCCAGAAAUGUCAUCAAAACAAACGAGGACAGAGACUAAGAAGGAUGAAUGUGGUGGUCCUGCAAGUAAAUACACAGAACCUACCAAACCAAAGGACCGAAAAGACAGAGGGGAAGGACCUUCUCUCUUGCCAAGUUGCUCUUCUGAGUACACGUGGGUUACACAGUGCUGCUCUGUUUCCUCAUGCCCAGAAGAAUGGAAAUACCCUUUGUCAUUGGCAUUAAUGUGCUCUAAGCGGUUCACUCUCAACAGUGAAAUGGAAACUUGUGAGGAAAAUAACCAGAAAUCGAACAGAUCUAAUGUUUUAAAAAACUUUGAAAUGUAUGAACCAGUUUCUUCUUUGCCUACAGCGUUGCCACUCAGCUGCAGUGCACCACAUUUACACAGGUAUAUAGAAAUACAUUUUUUGUGGAGUUUCUCUGAUUUCUUUCAAGAGAAGGAUGAAGACAGUGAAACCCAUUCAUACCCUCAGGUGAUUCAAGUCGUAUGGUGCCAAGGUGUUCUUUACAGGUUUAUUCAUGGUAGUACCAAUACUGCAGAAAUUUAUCCUGGGGAUGGCAGCUUUCUCAAGUCAGAAGGAGCAUUUUUGGGAAACUACUUCAAACAUUAUGCAAUUCAGAAAGGAACAAAAAAGAGAGAAGAAAAGAUGUAUUCAGUGAACAAUCUACCUCCUGACGUACCAGGAAGUCCAUACUCUAUAGCCUCCAUUAUUGCACAGGCAACCAGGAUGCUUCGGUCCUGCUACAAGACUAAACUUUCGUUAACUCACAACUAUAGUCUCUGCUGCAGGCAAGUGAAAGCCGAGACAGAUGGACGUGAAAUGUUGCCAUUUUUGCUAGCUGAAGAAGUUAUUCCUGGAAUAGGAAGAGUUGUUGUAUACUCAGAUAAUAAAGUCUGUGCUACAUUUUGGGAUGGGAUGACCUUGAAUAUGGUCUGGGAUUUCAAACCAGGCUCUAGAAGGAUCCAGGUAAAUGAAAAUGUAGGCUGGUGUAAGUUAACUACUUCUGAUGGGGUACAGCAGCUAAUCCAAAUGAGUCGUCCUGGAAUCUAUGAAAGGUACAUCAGAACUGUAAUAGAAUGGUGCAGAAGUUUGAGUGACAGGGAGGAGACUCCCGAAUAUACUGCGUGCUCUGUAAAUGAAGAAAACAGGUCUGCUGAUGCUGAGCUUGAAAAAAUACGGAGAUUUAACUGUAUCCCUUUGAAAGCUGUGCAAAUUAGUGCUUUUCGUUCAUCUGCAUAUUCAGAGCCUCACUUUUAGAUC